AUGUCGACUACUGCUGGAGCCUUCAUAGCAGGCGGUAUAGCCGCCUGUGGUGCCGUCACGGCCACACAUCCUUUCGAGACGGUCAAGAUCCGGAUGCAGCUCCAGGGCGAGCUCCAGACGAAAGGCCACCAGCCGCACCACUACAAGGGACCCUUCCAUGGCGUGAGCGUCAUCGUGCGGAACGAAGGUGUUCGAGGUAUAUACCGUGGACUGGGCUGUGCAUACGUGUACCAAAUACUGCUGAACGGGUGCCGGUUGGGAUUCUACGAGCCGAUGCGCCACGGACUGGCAUCGCUGGUGCUGAGCGAUGGGGCCAAGCAGAACCUGGCCAUCAACAUGUUCUGCGGCGCAUCGUCGGGCAUCAUCGGGGCGGCAGCGGGCUCCCCUUUCUUCCUGGUCAAAACGCGCCUGCAGAGCUUCUCGCCAUUCCGGCCUGUGGGCACACAGCACCGCUACAAGAACGCCAUCGACGGCAUGCGUCAGAUCUACAAGGCCGAGGGUGUGAGGGGGCUGUAUAGGGGUGUGGGCGCCGCCAUGAUACGGACGGGCUUUGGGAGCUCUGUCCAGCUGCCAACGUACUUCUUUGCGAAGCGCAGGUUGAUGAAGCAUCUCGGCAUGCAGGAGGGCGCGCCGCUGCACCUCGCGAGUAGUACCAUUUCGGGGUUUGUGGUGUGCUGCUUCAUGCACCCACCUGACACGGUCAUGUCGCGUCUCUACAACCAGAACGGCAAUCUGUACAAGGGUGUCUUCGACUGCCUGGGCAAGACGAUUCGCACCGAGGGUUUCCUCGCCCUCUACAAGGGCUUCCUGCCUCACCUGGCCCGCAUCCUACCGCACACCAUCCUGACGCUUAGCCUGGCAGAGCAGACCAAUAAGCUCCUACGCAAAGUCGAGAAGAGGUUACUACCUGAUCCGGCGCUGGGGAAGGCUUGA